UUGGAAAUAACGCAGGAAAGGAGCACUCGCGUUUUCUGUCUACAAAAGCAUAAACAAAUUGCUUCGACAGUUGUGCCUCCAGAGACGGAAAGCCGCACAGCCGAAGUGUGUGACUGCGUUUUGCGCUGCGCUCGGAGGGGCGCGCGUGGUUCUGCGACACAUCAACUUCAGAAGUCAAAAGGACAUUCGCAAACUUUUUAUUGCUUUGUUCGCUGGAUCAAAUCAAAUAUUCAACUUUUUUUGUAUUUUUUUCAGUUGAAAAGCUUAAUAUUUCUGUAAGCGCGUUGAACAGCUAUUUUUUCAGCCUCACAAGGCUACCACUUUUACUUUCUUCUGAACUUCAAUUUCUCUCACGUGUAGUUGUUCAUCUAAUAUUUUUCGCAUGAAUCUACUCGACCCCUUUCUGAAAAUGACAGAUGAACAGGAGAAAUGUCUCUCUGACGCCCCGAGCCCGAGCAUGUCGGAGGACUCCGCGGGGUCCCCGUGUCCGUCCGGAUCUGGGUCCGACACAGAGAACACCAGACCGCAUGAGAACAGCCUGAUGGGACCGGACGGUCAGCGGGGUGAAUUUAAGAAAGACGAGGAGGACAAAUUCCCCGUCUGCAUCCGUGAGGCGGUGUCCCAGGUGCUGAAAGGCUACGACUGGACCCUGGUGCCCAUGCCCGUCAGGGUGAACGGAUCCUCUAAAAGCAAACCUCACGUCAAGAGACCGAUGAACGCCUUCAUGGUGUGGGCGCAGGCGGCGCGCAGGAAACUGGCCGAUCAGUACCCGCACCUUCACAACGCCGAGCUCAGCAAGACUCUGGGGAAACUCUGGAGGUUGCUCAACGAGGGAGAAAAGCGACCUUUCGUGGAAGAGGCCGAGCGCCUGCGAGUCCAGCACAAAAAAGAUCACCCCGAUUACAAGUACCAGCCCAGGCGGAGGAAGUCUGUGAAGAACGGCCAGGGCGAGCCGGAGGACGGCGGCGAGCAGACGCACAUCAGCCCGAACGCGAUCUUCAAGGCGCUGCAGCAGGCGGACUCGCCCGCGUCCAGCAUGGGCGAAGUGCACUCACCCGCCGAGCACUCAGGCCAGUCCCAGGGCCCCCCGACCCCUCCCACCACCCCCAAAACGGACGCGCAGCCGGGCAAGGCUGACCUGAAGCGCGAGGGCCGCCCGCUGCAGGAGGCCGGCGGCAGACAGCUCAACAUCGACUUCAGAGACGUGGACAUCGGCGAGCUGAGCAGCGAGGUCAUCUGCCACAUCGAGACCUUCGACGUCAACGAGUUCGACCAGUACCUGCCGCCCAACAGCCACCCGGGGGCGCCGGCGGGCCAGGGCGGGCAGGUGGGCUACGCGGGCGGCUACGCCGUGGGCAGCCCCGCGGGGGGGCAAGCGGCAGGAGGCGGGGGCCACGGCUGGAUGCCCAAACAGCAGCAGCAGCAGCAGCAGCACGCUCUGACCUCCCUGGGCGGCGAGCCGACGCCCGGCCAGCAGAGACCCCCCCACAUAAAGACGGAGCAGCUGAGCCCCAGCCACUACAGCGAGCAGCAGAGUUCCCCUCAGCACGUCAGCUACGGCUCCUUCAGCCUGCAGCACUACAGCGCCACCUCCUACCCCAGCAUCACACGCUCCCAGUACGACUACUCCGACCACCAGGGCGGCGCCACCCCCUACUACAGCCACGCGGCCGGCCAGGGCUCCGGCCUCUACUCCACCUUCAGCUACAUGAACCCCGGCCAGAGGCCCAUGUACACGCCCGUCGCCGACACCGCGGGGGUGCCCUCCCUACCCCAGACCACCCACAGUCCUCAGCACUGGGAGCAGCAGCCAGUGUACACACAGCUCUCUAGGCCCUGAGCGACACACACACACACACGCACACACACACGCACACGCACACACACAAACGCACCGGCACACU